GAAUGGUCUUCGCUGUCGAAUGUCAUGAGCGUCUUUUCGGAUUCGACUUUAGAAUCAUUUUUAUGAAUUAUCGUGAUGGCAAUAUCUAUAUCAGCCACAAAGCCAAAGGCGCUCGCAGUCGGACCGCUCGAGGGGUCUUUGCCUUUUGUGUGGCCGCUUGCACCGCUUUCGUACUUAUGUUGGUGGGGUCGGUUGAAUAUUAGCAUCCUCGACAUAGAGCACGUUACAAGACGAACUCCGAAUGAAUUGGCCACAAUUCUCAACAAAAACAAAAUCUUUAGUUACGACCUAACGUUGAGAAGACACACAAGAACAUCACAAAACAACACUUCGACUUGAAAAUAUGGGACUUUUGUCGCAGAUAUUGCAAGAGGUGACUGCCUCCACACAGAUGGCAUUAGGACGCGACCAUCAUACUUCGUUCAUCGCGCCUACGGAUCCAUUGCCUUCCGUGAAACACCUGUCUGCAGGCUUGCCCCAGCACGCUUCGGCUACAGGAUUAACGGUAAUUGAAUGAUACUAGGAUUUUUUGUUGUUUGAUUCCAUCUUCUGUUCUGCUCAAGCUCUGCUCAACAUGAUAGAUGAAUUAUUUAAGUAUGUAGAAGAAGCAAGACGUGAAGAGAGGACCUACUCGAAGACAAUUAUUCAAUAUUAGUCCUCGCACACUGUCCUCGAAAAUACCACAGCUGCCAUCAGUGAGUGACGCAGAUUUCGCAUCUGGUGUCCAGCGUGUGAAGCUCCAUAAGGCUUUGCCGGCAAAAGUAGCCACGUCUUUCUGAGGCUCGAGCAGCGGCGACAACUAGGCAGUUGUUGUGCAGCUGCCAUAGUGAGUCCUUGAGGCAAAUGAAUUGUGUUUCCAAGAAACAAAAAUGGUUUUUCCGCAAGAUGGUCUGUGGAAAGCUGACUAUACCUGAAUGUAGCAGAGCUUACUUACCAUAUAAUCGGUCCCCGUCUUCAUGAGGUAUUCCUAGCUUACCAUAUAAUCGGUCCCCGUCUUCAUGAGGUAUUCCUUACCCAUCCCGUUUAUGCCAAUUGAAUUCCAAUACGAUUGCGCGCGAAAGGAGAGCCGCCUGCCAUUCGAUGCAUCGAUUUGAUGUUUCAAAUAUUUCGUAGAUUUAACUACAUAGAUAACUCUCUUUGUGACUUCCCUAUUCAUCCGAGCUCUAGAAGCUCGCUGUGAGGGAAUGAUAUCUAAUCGAACUUGAAGACUUCUCGACACAAAUCACUGGCCCUAUUCGAAUUAAUGAGACACCCCCUAGCUCUACGCCUAGGUCGACGACGUCAUUGAAGUGUUUUCUUGAACAAGCAGACGGACUGCGACCGCCCUUGCAGCGUGCAGUUGCAAACUUCUCAUGGAUUCGUAUUGGAAAACUAAAACAAG